AUGGCAGUCCAGGCGGUGGAGUGGAGCCCUACCAGAGAUGAGUUCAUUUUGAUCAGAGGCUAUCAGCCAGCCAAGGUAACGCUUUGGCAUUGGGAUGCGGAAAAGCAGACGGUGACCCUGGCGAAGGUCCUGACCGAAAAGGCGCAUAGGAACUUCAUCCGUUUCAACCACUUCGGCUCGCUCGUGUGCAUUGCCGGCUUCGGGAACUUGGCGGGCGAGGUGGAUUUCUACGGCCGCAGCGAUGCGAAGUGUGACUUCGUCCGUGUCUCCAAGUGUGAAGCUAACUGCGCAGUGAGCGCGGAUUGGGGACCUGACGGACGUCACCUCUUGACGGCCGUGCUCUUCCCGCGGAUGCGCGUGGACAACGGCCUCACGCUUUGGAACGCCCUGACUGGAGCCAAGGUGCUCACCUCCUCCUCUGAACAGCUGUACGAGGUGGUCUGGAGACCAGGACGUGCCUCGAAUCAGGAUGUCUCGGUGGAGGAGGUGUCUCAGGCGACCACGGCGAAUGGCGUGGGCGAGACGGUGAAGAAGCAGGCCUACAAGCCGCCCAAGGCCCGCGGCGCCGGCGACUCCACGGUGGCCGCAAUGAUGCGCGGCGACGUGGCGGUGCCUGAGGAUAACGGCCGACGGAGGCCCUGGCAAAACCGGAAGGAGGAGGGUGAUAAGAAUGACAAGGUCUCCCCACGGAGUUCGCCUCCACAGUCGCCGGACUCGGAGGGCGCCAACGGGGGGAAGACCAUGGCACGGCCCUAUUCGCCCCCAAGGAAGGGCGAUCCCAAGGAGGGGAGCGUUUCUCCAGCCUCCUCCACCCGUGCGGAGACCGACCCCGCAGCCGCGGCCACCAUCGCCGCGGCCGCCGCCGCCGGCGUGGGUGGCGCGGCGUCCGGCGGCUCGCAGCGGGCGUCGCCCAACCCGUCGCAGCGGGCAUCGCCCACGCUGGGGCCGUCACAGCCGCCGUCGCGCACCUCACCGAAGAUGGAGGCUGCCCGGAUCUUGUCGGAGCUGGGCCCCAAAGCCGCGCCCUUGUUGGAGGCCAUGGAGCCCGAGCGGCCGCAGUCGCCGGAGCAGAACUUGGCCGCAGUUUUGGCUGCGCAACAAUUGGCUGGAGGAAAUCCGGACCUGGCGGCGCUCUUGGCGCAGGCGGACCCACGUUUGGCGCAGCAGCAGCAACGCCUGCAGCAGCAGAAGUUGAAACAACAGCUUCAGCAGCUGCGCGAGCAACAGCUUCUGCAAGCUGCCAUGGGACAAGGUGCGAACCCCGCACGUGCGCAGCUCGAAGCCGCCUUGGCCUUGGAGUCGCAAAGGCAACAGCAACAGCAGCAACAGCAACAGCAACAGCAACAAAACAAUACCAAACAGAGGCAGCAACAGCAACAGCAACAACAACAGCAGCAACAACGCCUCUUGCAGCAGCAAUUGGCCGCGGCUUCCAUGUUGGGGCGCGAUCCAACGCAAUUGGCUGCCGCCCUCGCAGCCCAACAAGGCUAUGGAGCACACCAGGCCAACGCCGCGGCGACCAGGCAUUUGGCCGCACAAAUGGAGGAGUCGAGACGGAGACAGCUGGCGAUGCAAGAAGAGCAACUGCAACAGCUGCAGCGACCUGCUGCAGGUGCAGAUAAACAGCGGCGGCCGCCCAACCACGGGUGGCAAUACAUCGAUCCUAAGGGUAACGUCCAGGGGCCCUUCUCUCUGCAGGAGAUGCAGACUUGGCACCGGCUGGGCUACUUCCAGGCGGAGCUACGAAUGAGGUGUGACCCUUCGGACCAGUUCAUCCCGUUGAAGGAUCUCUUCCCCGCAGGGAGCGUUCCCUUCGAGAGCUACCCUCGGCGGGGGCCUGGAAAUGGCUAUGCUUGA